AUGUCGCGCUUUGGCAAAUGCUGUGGGGGGAGAGCCGCGGAGAGCGAACGGCUUCCGUCUCGCGUGCCGGCGGACAUGGCGGACGAGAUCCAGCGAAGCACACUUCUCACGCGCAAGGAAAUUCAGGGCUUGUACGACAGGUUUCGCAAGUAUGCUCCGGACGGCCGCCUGCUAUUCUCUCGGUUUUGCGACACCUUGGGAGUGUUGGGAAUGCUGGACGACACGAUGAUUGCAGAGCGGAUGUUCCGAGCUUUUGAUCAGAACAAGGACCGAGAGCUGAGCUUCACGGAGUUCGCCACCGCUUUGGGCGUCAUGAUGCGCGGAACCGACGACCAGAAGCUGAACCUUUCGUUUCGAAUUUUGAAUCCAACCUACACGGGAACGGGGGAGUGCCUUGAAGACUACCGGUGCCACUCCGUGAGCACUUCAGAUUCAGAAGAGUCCAUCCGCGCGUCGCCGCCUCGGCAGGCGUUGAGUGGGCCGGCAGCUUCAGGCGGCGGGCCGCCCUACAGCCAAGAUGAGCGUCGCUGUUCUGUGGAUUCGCGAAGACAACUUCGUGAGGCGGGCAACCAGCUGCGAUCGCUAGCCAAGCCGAAGGGGAAGGACUUCCUUUCCGGAGAAAAAGGCAGGGAAGCGUCAGCACUUCGCGGGCUAACUUCCACGCAGUCCGUGCGCCUGCCGCGGGCGAUGCGCUGGUUUGAAAUCUACCGCAGCGUGAUUUACGCGGACAGUCUGGGGCUGGACGAGUUCGUAGAUCUGGUCAGGUGCCUCCAGGCUUCUCGCCGCGCCUUGUUGGGGGGGGAUGGCAUCCUGGCUUCAGACGAAGAGAUCGCAAUGACGUUUCUGCCGCUUGCUUCGGAAAUGCCCGACGGCUCGCGGCGAAUGAUGCUGAGGGACUUCAAGAAAGCUGUCCACACCAGCCCGCGUUUCCUGUGCCUUCUGGGGGUCGCUUGCAACAACGUUUCCACCCCGUCGUGCGAGUCUGAGGCAUCGGUCACGACGAAGUCGGAAAAGAAGAACAGCGUUUUCUCCGGGGAUGGCACCGCGGCUCCAUGUGUUGGAGGAAAUCCGCCAGCGCCUUCAGAGGCCAGUUCUGCUCUGCGGAUAGAGCUGGUGCGCCGUGUCCGCCAGGCGGAGGCUCAGGCCGAGCGCCACCAGUGGAAGCUGCAGCAGCAGCAGAGAGAGCAGCUCCAGCAGCUGGCUGAGAGUCUUCGGGCUGUGGAGCGCGACGUCGAGGCGGUGAAGACCGCUUUGGCUGCAAAGGGCGUGCCUCCAGUUCCCGUGGAGUCCUUGGAAAUGAUUCGAGAAGGGGGGCGUUCUUUUCCUUGCGACGAUGGCGCAAUGUUUGGCCGUUUGACCAGCAGUCCUAUUCGCGGUGACCACGAAAGAGCUUUAUCCAAUCGAGGGAAUGAGGUUGCGAACAAAGCGGCAGCAAAUUAUAUGCUUCCGAGGAAAACGCAAUCACAAGGGCCCAGUGUCAUUCUACAACGCCUUGAUAAAUCGCCGGAGACAGCGGAUGCGACGAAGGAGGCAGCAACGGCUGCUGCUGCGGCAGCGUUUGCUGCACUGCAGCAGGCGGAGCAGCAGCUAAAUCGCAUUUUGGAGGAGAGCACGGUGGCUAUUUACCAGCCAAUGCACAUCGCUGACCAGCUUCUCGUGGAUAUGAACAGCAAGGAAGCAGCAGACGCCAUGCAGCAAGAACCCACCAAAAGUGGGGGACCUGCUUUCCAACGAGAGCCGACAACUCGCGUGCGGCGUCCGAUAUUUUCUCUGAAAACGGCGGGAGAGCAGCAAACUCCGGAGGCGCUGGAAGACACCCGAACAAACAGCGUUGCAGCGCAGGUGCCGGAGGCGCCGAGACGACAAAGAGUUUCCUUCAUGGUCAAGUGCGAGGAGAGCAGCUCUUUUCCAGACACAAUAAGCUGCUUCCAGGAAAACCCUGACAUGUACUCUGUGAGGGUCUCCAACACCGCUCAUUUUCCCCUGAAGGACUUCGCCGCGGAUGAAGUGGACGAGCAUAAAGUCGCCAAUUCAAGUCUCGCAACAGUCAGCGUUUUGGAUAGCCGCCGCCGGCCAGGCGCUGGCACCAGACGCAUGUACAUGAAUCGGGCCAAAGUUUACCAACGCCGAACUACACAGUGGCGCCGCGCCUCAGGCGACACCAUACAUGGGGGAGACGAAAACGACUUGGAGCCCUCGAAAGCGGGGGGCAAAGACACGAAGGGCUUUGUAGUUCACUUCGGACAUGAGUCGUGGAACAUGGUCAUCAACAUAAUGGUCGGCAUUCGUCUGGCUGGGAGCCGCGCAAUGAGUGAACCUCACCGAGCUGUCGAGCCCUACGACUUCUUGAUGAAGGAAAAGUUUUCAGUGCUGCCCAAGACUGGCAUGCUGGACAGGCAGCGCCGAAAGCCACCUCUAUGCGCGGUCCGAUUCAUUGACUACGCCCCGAUGGUCUUUCGCCGCCUCCGCGCCAUAUUUGGCAUUGAUUCUCUUCUUUACAUCAGAUCUGUAGGACCCGAGCAGCUGCUUGGCAAUUUGAUUUUAGGAAAUUUGUCGUCGCUUUCCGAAUUGGUCUCGGAGGGCAAGAGCGGUUCUCUCUUCUAUUACACCACCGACGGCAGAUUUAUGAUCAAAACUGUGUCGAAGGAAACGGCAUUUUUCAUGCGGUCUGUUCUGUUUGACUACUACAAGCACGUCUCAACUUGCUCCAACACGAUGCUGACGCGGCUCUGUGGACUUCACGCGAUCCGUUUGAAAGACAAAUCUGGGCAGAUUCUGGGAGGCAAGGAGCCGUGGAGGCGCAAAACGUACUUCAUGGUGAUGGAGAACUUCUUCCACACCCCAGUAGAAAUCCACCGCCGCUACGACCUCAAGGGCUCCACACAGGGCCGGUCGCUCCCCCCAGAGCUUCGCAGUGACCCAACAGUGGCGAGAAAGGACAAUGAUAUGGCGCGAGAUGGAGAGAUGAUAGAAAUUGGACAAGAGCGGAAGAAAAUGUUUAUCGAGCAGCUGACAAUUGACGCGGCGUUUCUAAGAGACCACGGAAUCAUGGACUACUCAUUAUUGCUAGGGAUUUCCUAUGCAAGUUGUUCACAAGAUUCCAACGUCUGCCAGAACGGCUUCCUCCUGAAUGACGAAGAGAUUCGCGCGUCUCAGUCUACGUUGAUGAACUCUUCUUCAUCUAUCGGUGGCGGGACUGACUUCGAAAGGCCUUUCUGGAGCAGAGACCUCGGCGGCAUGCAGAGCACUGACCGCACAAAGCUGUACUACGUGGGCAUCAUUGACAUUUUGACUCACUGGACAGCUAAGAAGAAACUCGAGCAUGUUGCUCGGGUCCUCCAGUAA